CUUUCAGUUUAACAGAAUGAUGGCGUCGUUCGAGGAGCAACUUUAUCGAGCGAGAGAGGAGACUGAGCGACAACGCCGACAGCAGGACGACAUUUUUUUGGCACCGAUCGUGUUGCACAUGCAAGGGUGAGCUGGAGAGGUUGUGCAGUGAGAAAAGCCUGCAGACACAGCUCAGGAACUUUGAAGGAAUCGAUCCUAUUGCUGAGGAGGAGGUGCGCUGGCUCAUAGACUCCAUGGCACAGGGGUAGGACGCGGUAUACGCUGGAAGGAUGGAACUGCAACGGUUCUACAACAGGAUUCAGUGAUGCAGACGCUAAAGAAACCUCACAGAACCAUUACGUUGUUCAACCUUCCCCACAAUGGCAUCGCUCAAGAGCCACCAGCUGGAGAGCUGCUAGGACGUAGCGAGGAUAGCUGUGGACAAGAAAACAAGUGUUUCUUAACAAGAAGGCAAAAAUAAAAGGCUAACUUGAUAAAAUAGAAUGUGAAUUUUAAAAAAGCAAUACAAGAGCUACCACAGAUGUUGGCACAUGCCAUGACAAGAUAAUAAAAAAUGGACAACUUAACAAACAAAUCAUGAGGCGCACCUGUAUUUGACAAGUGGCUGGAGGGAAAUGAUUGGUUGAGACAAGCAGCAUGGACAGAUGGAGACCAAAACAUGACAAAGGACACAGGAAAACAAGACAGCACAUUGAACAAAUUUCAAUCAAAUAAAAACAAAAGGCAAAAACACAAACAGUUGACUGAUUGACAAUGUCAUUUCCAGCAUGCACCCACAUGCCAUCAUGUAACAUCCAUCCAUGUUCUCAGCCGCUUAUCCUCACAAGGGUCGUGAGAGUGCUGGAGCCAAUCCCAGCUGUCAACGGGCAGGAGACAUCCAUCAGCUGAUUGGUCACCAAGAGGAACUUUCCCCUCAGCCACUGCAGGCAGGGAGCUCCUGUCUGGAGCAGGAGUGUCCACAGGACCCCCACAUUAAAGAGGAAGAGGAGGAGGUGGAUGUCAGCGAGUUGCCACUAAACAUCGUGGUUGUGAAGAGUGAGGACGACGAAGACGAAGGACCUGUGUCAAAACAAAUUUACAAUCACAGUCCAAGUGGAAACCACAGUGGAGAACUACCAGCGGACAAGCUCUCCACUCGACUGUCACACAGUGAGGACACACCUGUGGGAACCGGCGCAGACUGCGUAGGUGACGACAAACGCUUCAAAUGGUCUGAAAAGGAGAUGGCUGACGUGAGACGUCACACACUGGAAGACCAUUUUACCUGCCCCGUUUGUGGCAAAAGCUUUACAAAGGCAUAUAGGAACAGACAUAUGAGAACACACACGCGAGAAAAAACGUUUCGUUGUUCAGUUUGCAGUGAAAUAUUUGCAGAAAAGGUCUCGUUGAUUGUACACAAAGUGACACACACAGUUGAAAAUCCUUUCACUUGCUCAAUUUGCGGCAAAGUGUACUAUAUAAAAGACCAUUUGAGUAGACACAUGAGAACGCACACGGGAGAAAAACCUUUCACUUGCUCUAUUUGCGGGGAAAAAUUUGCUCACAAGAUCUCUUUGGUUGCACAUACAGCGACACACACGGGAGAAAAACCUUUCACGUGCUCCGUUUGUGGUGAAAGCUUUUCUUAUAAGCACUGUGUGACGAGACACAUGAGAACACACACGGGGGAAAAGCCCUUCAGUUGCUCAGUUUGUGAUGAAAGCUUUACUUACAAGGAGACUUUAAAUUCACACAUGCAGACGCACACGGGAGAAAAACUUUUCACAUGCUCAGUUUGUGGUAAAAACUUUUGUUAUAAGAAUGGUUUAAAAUCACACAUGCUGACACAUGCAGUAAAAAAACCUUUCACAUGCUCACUUUGUGGUAAGAGCUUUGCUUAUAAGAGUACGUUGAAAUCACAUGUAAGGAAACACAAUGGAGAAUGAAUGUUUUGGCGGGGUGGAGUGAGUGAGUGGAUUGAGGAGGAGGCGCCAGGAUGUUUUGACUGUAUGCUUGUUCCACACACCUCUGACCGUUUCCUCAAAUAAUAAAUGUAAAAAUUAUCAGCUUGACUUGUUUCUUUCAUGCUGUCGACUUCCAAUCCAUCUAAGAAAACUGUUAAUAACAAAAGAAGAAGAAACAAAAUAGUCUGGCUUCCCAUUGGUGUGAAAUGUAUUGACAAGAAGCAUCAUCAGACUACAUUUUUCCUGUUUUAGAUUAAUUAGGAUGACCAAAAUUUUUUCCAUUUCCUAAAUGGCAGUUCAUAAAGUGCCAAUGUGAUGAUAUGAUGCAGGCUUUCUGA